AUGUCAUUGCUAUCUCCUGACAUCAAAUUUGAGAUUCCUGACAUCACCAGAAAUGCAUUUGAGAAUUGUUUUUUUUUAGAGAGUAGUUGGAGGAAAGCAGUUUUAGAGACACAAAAGAUGGAGAAAGAAUACACCACAGCACUUGGUCUAGAGGAGUUCAAAGAAUGUAUCAAAAUGCCAUAUUUACCUGGAUUACCAUAUUACCAAAAAAGUGCAAGUUCAUCUCCACUGAAGGUUCACAAGAGGCAUGCUGAUCCUGAGAUGCCUGCACUCAGGACAAAGAAGAUAAAAGAGACAUGCACUGCUGUAUCACUUCAAGAGAAAUCAAAAGUGUCUUGCUUCAGUGAUCCUCUCUCUGGAGCAUCAUCUCAAUAUUUAAAGAGACUGUCAAAAAUGGCCAUGCUGGAGUAUGAUACCAUUCGUCAAGAAACAAUCAGAAAACCAAAAAAGGGCAAGAAACGAGAGCUACGAGAUUGCUGA